AUGCGGACCCAGCAGGGCUCUGGAGGGGGCGUGCCCCUGCCCGGGGGCAGCUGUGGCAGCAGCGGCAGCUUGGGGCUGUCUCCGGGCUCCGACUCGGACGGAGGGAGCCCCACAGCCGGGGUGGUGGACAGCAUGUUGGACGCAGAGCUCGGGGUGGGUGGAUGUAUGGGUGGACGCGGAGGUAGCUUGGGUGGAACUCUGAGGGGGGUCCUGUCUCGCUAUUGGAGCUUGGAGAGCCUGCACUCCACCACAGUCUUUCACUUUGGCAGCCAGAAGGAGCCAUCGAUGUUGGAGAUUCCUGAAGAGAGCUCUCGUCUACCUUACCUUCCUCCUCUUGUCCUUUAUUCGCCCAUCCCCCCUCUCCCACUCCUCAUCUCCAUCCCUGCCUCCCCCAUUCCUCUGGUAAUAAUGCAGGCGAAGGGUUUCUGGAAUCCUCCAUUGGCUCCGAGAAAGAACUACAACAUCUACCUUCAAGCUGUUAGCAGCACGGAGAGGGAAACUAAGACACAGUGUCUGAGGCUGGCUACUAAAGGUGCUACAGAGGAGCCAGAAGUCAUCCCAGAUCCCGCGAAACAGACGGACCGAGUGGUGAAGAUCGCCGGGAUCAGUGCCGGUGUCCUCGUCUUCAUACUGCUGGUGCUGGUAGCCAUCCUAUUGGUCAAGAAGAGGAGGACCUACUAUUCAUACUCUUAUUACCUGAAACUGGCUAAAAAACGUAAAGACGCCAUCGGUACUACGCGGCAGGAGAUGACUCACAUGGUGAACGCCAUGGAUCGCAGCUAUGCUGACCAGAGCACUCUGCACGGAGAGGAUCCCAUGGCUGUGACGUUCAUGGACUCGCACAACUACAACAACAGAUUGCCCAACGACCCUCUGGUUCCCACUGCUGUGCUAGUUCCAAUCACAGAUGAGAACCACAGUGCCUCUGCAGCGGAGAACAGCCGGCUGCUGGACGUUCCUCGGUAUCACUGUGAAGGAACCGAGUCCCCCUAUCAGACGGGACAGCUCCACCCCGCCAUCAGAGUGGCCGACCUGCUGCAGCACAUCAACCUGAUGAAGACCUCCGACAGCUACGGCUUCAAGGAGGAGUAUGAAUUGGUGAUACAGAGCUUCUUCGAAGGCCAAUCGGCCACUUGGGACGUGGCCAAGAAGGAUCAGAACCGCACCAAGAACCGCUAUGGGAACAUUAUAGCAUAUGACCAUUCAAGGGUUAUUCUCCAGCCCAUAGAAGACGACCCCUCCUCCGACUACAUCAACGCCAACUACAUCGAUGUAAGUGGAAACGCAUCGAAUGCUACUAUUGGCUCCCAACGAAACCAACGAAACCACACUCCCUCGCUCAUUUGGCUGUACAGGGAUGGCUACCAGAGACCAAGUCACUACAUCGCAACUCAGGGUCCUGUUCACGAGACGGUGUAUGACUUCUGGAGGAUGGUGUGGCAGGAACAGUCAGCCUGCAUCGUCAUGGUUACCAAUCUGGUGGAGGUUGGAAGGGUUAAGUGCUAUAAGUAUUGGCCCGAUGAUGCUGAGGUGUACGGAGACUUCAAGGUGACCUUUGUGGAGGUUGAACCUCUUGCUGAAUAUGUGGUUCGCACAUUUACACUGGAGAGGCGUGGUUUCAAUGAGGUGCGGGAAGUCAAGCAGUUCCAUUUCACAGGCUGGCCGGAUCACGGAGUUCCAUAUCACGCCACAGGACUACUUUCCUUCAUCCGCAGAGUUAAAAUCUCCAAUCCACCUGCUGCUGGGCCCAUUGUGGUCCACUGCAGUGCCGGAGCAGGGCGUACAGGCUGUUUCAUCGUCAUUGACAUCAUGCUGGACAUGGCGGAGAGAGAAGGAGUGGUGGAUAUCUACAACUGUGUGAAGGCUCUCCGCUCUCGGAGGAUCAACAUGGUACAGACUGAGGAGCAGUACAUAUUCAUCCAUGAUGCCAUUCUGGAGGCUUGUCUGUGUGGAGAAACAGCCAUACCGGUCUGUGAGUUCAAAGCUGCUUUCUACGAGCUGAUCCGCAUCGACUCGCAGACCAACUCGUCGCAUCUGAAGGAUGAGUUCCAGGUAAACCCAAAUACAAUCUCAGACUGUCUGAGCAGCGAAUUAGAUAAUGGAGACUCGGAGGCUCAGUGUAAUGCCGGGGAGACGCUGGCCAUCGGCAAAGUGGCAGGAGAACCGGAGGAGGUGGCCGCCGGCGCCGAGCGGAAGAGGAAGGCGGCCCUAGAGAGCGGCGAGGGAGACAGCCGUGGGGGGGCACGAGGCGACGCGGUGUGGUGUGGCGGCUCGGCGCUGAGGGAGAGACGGAGGGGGAGGGGCAGCGCGGCUGAGGAGGAGGAGGAGGACGAGGCCAGGGGGUUGAUGGCUCGCGGCAGCGGCUCGGGGAGGUGGAGCCGGCAGAGGCUGGGCUUCCUCACCACCAUGCUGCGCUGCAACCUCCCCCCUGAGACCCAGAAGGUGGUGGUGUUCAUCAUCAUGAUGCUGCUGAUCGUCAUCAACGUGGUGCUCAUGUUCCUGCUGGCCUUCCAGUAG